AUGUCUCUGCUGUGCGUCGGAGUCAAAAAAGCCAAGUUUGACGGUGCCCAAGAGAAGUUCAACACAUACGUGACUCUGAAGGUGCAGAACGUGAAGAGCACUACCAUCGCUGUGCGAGGCAGCCAGCCCAGCUGGGAGCAGGACUUCAUGUUCGAGAUCAACCGCCUGGAUCUGGGCCUGACAGUGGAGGUGUGGAACAAGGGUCUCAUCUGGGACACUAUGGUGGGCACCGUGUGGAUCCCGCUACGGACCAUUCGCCAAUCCAAUGAGGAGGGUCCGGGAGAGUGGCUGACGCUGGACUCUCAGGCCAUCAUGGCAGACAGCGAGAUCUGUGGGACCAAGGACCCCACUUUCCACCGCAUCCUCCUAGACGUGCACUUUGAGCUGCCUUUGGACAUCCCCGAGGAGGAGGCACGAUACUGGGCCAAGAAGCUGGAGCAGCUGAACGCCAUGCGUGACCAGGAUGAGUACUCCUUCCAGGACCAGCCGGACAAGCCACUGCCCGUGCCCAGCAGCCAGUGUUGUAACUGGAAUUACUUUGGCUGGGGAGAGCAGAAUAACUCGGACCCCGACAGUGCGGUGGAUGACCGGGACAGCGACUACCGGAGUGAGACCAGCAACAGCAUCCCGCCGCCCUACUACACGACAUCGCAGCCCAACGCCUCUGUGCACCAGUACUCCGUGAGGCCGCCCCCUCUGGGGUCCCGGGAGUCCUACAGCGACUCCAUGCACAGUUAUGAGGAGUUCUCAGAGCCUCGGGUGCUCAGCCCCACAGGCAGCAGCCGCUAUGCAUCCUCCGGGGAGCUGAGCCAGGGCAGUUCACAGCUGAGUGAGGACUUCGACCCCGAUGAGCACAGCCUACAAGGCUCGGAGCUGGAUGACGAAAGGGACCGUGAUUCCUAUCACUCCUGCCACAGCUCCGUGAGCUACCACAAGGACUCGCCCCACUGGGACCAGGGUGAGGAGGACUUGGAAGAUGAGGAGCUGCCCGAGGAGGAGGAGGAGGAGGAAGAGGAGGAGGAGGAGGAGUUAGAGGAGGAGGAGGAGGUGCCUGAUGACCUGGCUAGCUAUGCCCAGCAGGAAGACACUACUGUGACCGAACCCAAAGAGUUCAAGCGCAUCAGCUUCCCACCAUCUGCACCUCAGAAGGAGGAUAAGAUCCCAGCUGUGCCCACAGAAGCCCCUGAUGUGGCCAAGGGCAUUCCCAAGCCAGCCACCCCUGAAGAGAUGGCAGCAGCAGAACGCACACAGGAAGCUGAGCCCCCCAAGGUUGAAGAGAGUUUCAGGUCUCGAGAGGAUGAGGAGGGACAGGAAGGGCAAGACACCAUGUCCAGGGCCAAAUCUAACUGGCUGCGAGCUUUCAACAAGGUGCGGAUGCAGCUGCAGGAGGCACGAGGAGAAGGAGAGAUGUCCAAGUCCCUGUGGUUCAAAGGCGGCCCAGGUGGUGGUCUCAUCAUCAUUGACAGUAUGCCGGACAUCCGGAAACGGAAGCCCAUUCCCCUCGUGAGCGAUCUGGCUAUGUCACUGGUCCAGUCGCGGAAGGCAGGCAUCACCUCCGCCUUGGCUUCCAGCACGUUGAACAAUGAGGAGCUGAAAAAUCACGUUUACAAGAAGACCCUACAAGCCUUAAUCUACCCCAUCUCCUGCACCACGCCACACAACUUCGAGGUGUGGACGGCCACCACGCCCACCUACUGCUACGAGUGCGAAGGGCUGCUGUGGGGCAUCGCGCGGCAGGGCAUGCGCUGCACCGAGUGUGGCGUUAAGUGCCAUGAGAAGUGCCAGGACCUGCUCAACGCCGACUGCCUGCAGCGCGCGGCGGAGAAGAGCUCCAAGCAUGGUGCGGAAGACCGCACGCAGAACAUCAUCAUGGUGCUGAAGGACCGCAUGAAGAUCCGCGAGCGCAACAAGCCCGAGAUCUUCGAGCUGAUCCAGGAGGUCUUCGCCGUCACCAAGAGCGCCCACACACAGCAGAUGAAGGCUGUCAAGCAGAGUGUGCUGGACGGCACGUCCAAAUGGUCGGCCAAAAUCAGCAUCACAGUGGUCUGUGCCCAGGGCUUGCAGGCCAAGGACAAGACAGGAUCCAGUGAUCCCUAUGUCACUGUCCAGGUUGGGAAGACCAAGAAAAGGACAAAAACCAUCUAUGGGAACCUCAACCCGGUGUGGGAAGAGAAUUUCCACUUCGAGUGCCACAACUCCUCUGACCGGAUCAAAGUGCGGGUCUGGGAUGAAGACGAUGACAUCAAAUCCCGCGUGAAGCAGAGGUUUAAGAGGGAGUCGGAUGACUUCCUAGGGCAGACGAUCAUCGAGGUGCGGACCCUCAGUGGCGAGAUGGAUGUGUGGUACAAUCUGGACAAGAGAACAGACAAGUCGGCCGUGUCGGGGGCCAUUCGACUUCACAUCAGUGUGGAGAUCAAAGGGGAAGAGAAGGUGGCACCUUACCAUGUCCAGUACACCUGUCUGCAUGAGAACCUGUUCCACUUUGUGACGGAUGUGCAGAACAAUGGUGUGGUGAAGAUCCCUGACGCCAAAGGUGAUGACGCCUGGAAGGUUUACUAUGACGAGACGGCCCAGGAGAUCGUGGAUGAGUUUGCCAUGCGCUAUGGCGUGGAGUCCAUCUACCAAGCCAUGACCCACUUUGCCUGCCUCUCCUCCAAGUACAUGUGCCCUGGGGUACCCGCUGUCAUGAGCACCCUGCUUGCCAACAUCAAUGCCUACUACGCACACACCACCGCCUCUACCAACGUGUCUGCCUCCGACCGCUUCGCCGCCUCCAACUUUGGGAAAGAGCGCUUUGUGAAACUUCUGGAUCAGCUACACAACUCCCUGAGGAUCGACCUGUCCAUGUACCGGAACAACUUUCCAGCCAGCAGCCCCGAGCGGCUGCAGGACCUCAAGUCCACAGUGGACCUCCUCACCAGCAUCACGUUCUUCCGGAUGAAGGUUCAGGAGCUGCAGAGUCCCCCGCGUGCCAGCCAGGUGGUGAAGGACUGCGUGAAGGCGUGCCUCAACUCGACCUACGAGUACAUCUUCAACAACUGCCACGAACUGUAUGGCCGGGAGUACCAGACAGACCCGGCCAAGAAGGGGGAGGUCCCCCCUGAGGAGCAGGGCCCCAGCAUCAAGAACCUGGACUUUUGGUCCAAGCUGAUCACCCUCAUUGUGUCCAUCAUCGAGGAGGAUAAGAAUUCCUACACGCCAUGCCUCAACCAGUUUCCACAGGAGCUGAAUGUGGGAAAGAUCAGCGCCGAGGUGAUGUGGAGCCUGUUUGCUCAAGACAUGAAGUACGCCAUGGAGGAACACGACAAGCACAGGCUGUGCAAGAGUGCAGACUACAUGAACCUGCACUUCAAGGUCAAGUGGCUGUACAACGAGUACGUGACCGAGCUGCCCGCCUUCAAAGACCGUGUGCCUGAGUACCCUGCGUGGUUCGAACCCUUCGUCAUCCAAUGGUUAGACGAGAAUGAGGAGGUGUCCCGGGAUUUCCUACAUGGUGCACUGGAGCGAGACAAGAAGGAUGGGUUCCAGCAGACAUCGGAGCAUGCCCUGUUCUCCUGCUCCGUGGUGGACGUCUUCUCCCAGCUUAACCAGAGCUUUGAGAUCAUCAAAAAGCUGGAGUGUCCUGACCCCCAGAUCGUGGGCCACUACAUGAGGCGCUUCGCUAAGACCAUCAGCAAUGUGCUUCUGCAGUACGCUGACAUCGUCUCCAAGGACUUCGCCUCCUACUGUUCCAAGGAGAAAGAGAAAGUGCCCUGCAUCCUCAUGAACAACACGCAACAGCUGCGGGUCCAACUGGAGAAAAUGUUUGAGGCAAUGGGUGGGAAGGAGCUGGACGCCGAGGCCAGUGGCACCCUGAAGGACCUGCAGGUGAAACUCAACAGCGUCCUGGAUGAGCUCAGCCAUGUGUUCGCCACCAGCUUCCAGCCGCACAUUGAGGAGUGUGUCAAACAGAUGGGUGACAUCCUGAGCCAGGUAAAAGGCACAGGCAACGUGCCCGCCAGUGCCUGCAGCAGUGUGGCCCAGGAUGCUGACAACGUGCUGCAGCCGAUUAUGGACCUGCUGGACAGCAACCUCACCCUGUUUGCCAAAAUCUGUGAGAAGACGGUUCUGAAGCGCGUGCUGAAGGAGCUGUGGAAGCUGGUGAUGAACACCAUGGAGAAGACCAUCGUUCUGCCGCCGCUCACAGACCAGACGAUGAUUGGCACCCUCUUGAGAAAACAUGGCAAGGGCCUAGAAAAGGGCAGGGUGAAACUGCCAAGCCACUCAGACGGAACACAGAUGAUCUUCAAUGCGGCCAAGGAGCUAGGCCAGCUGUCUAAGCUUAAGGAUCACAUGGUACGCGAGGAAGCCAAGAGCUUGACCCCGAAGCAGUGCGCAGUGGUCGAACUGGCCCUGGAUACCAUCAAGCAAUACUUCCACGCGGGGGGCGUGGGCCUCAAGAAGACCUUCCUGGAGAAGAGUCCUGACCUCCAGUCCCUACGCUACGCCCUGUCGCUCUACACCCAGGCCACCGACCUGCUCAUCAAAACCUUCGUGCAGACGCAGUCUGCGCAGGGCUCGGGUGUGGAAGACCCUGUAGGUGAAGUGUCUGUCCACGUGGAGUUGUUUACGCAUCCGGGGACCGGGGAGCAGAAAGUCACAGUGAAGGUGGUGGCUGCCAACGACCUCAAGUGGCAAACUUCCGGCAUCUUCCGCCCCUUCAUCGAGGUCAACAUUGUUGGGCCUCAGCUCAGUGACAAGAAGCGCAAGUUCGCCACCAAAUCCAAGAACAACAGCUGGGCACCCAAGUACAACGAGAGCUUCCAAUUCUCGCUCAGCGCAGAUGCAGGCCCCGAGUGCUAUGAGCUGCAGGUGUGCGUGAAAGACUACUGCUUCGCGCGCGAGGACCGCACGGUGGGGCUGGCAGUGCUGCAGCUGCGGGAACUGGCCCAGCGCGGGAGCACCGCGUGCUGGCUGCCACUCGGCCGCCGCAUCCACAUGGACGACACGGGACUCACAGUGCUGCGCAUCCUGUCGCAGCGCAGCAACGACGAGGUGGCCAAGGAGUUCGUCAAGCUCAAGUCAGACACGCGCUCGGCCGAGGAGGGCGGUGCAGCGCCUGCACCCUAG